AUGGCUCGAGGCACUGCCAAACGCUCCCUCGAGGAGCUAGCCAACAUGUCGGAUUCAGCUGACGAGGAUUGGAGCGACGGCUCCGGUCGCGCACCGCGACGCCGUGGUCGCAAGAGUCAAGCCAGCCCGAAGAAGAAGUCACGCCCUACGAAGAGGCGCCGCCGAGGCUCUGACGACGAUAUUGUUUCCGAUGACGCCAGCCUGGAUGACGAUCUAUCGAUGAGUCUAUCCGAAGACGAUCUCGAUGAUCCUAGCGUCCCACGAAAUGCGCGCGGCACAGCGCGUCGACGGACCACCCAGUCCAAAACGACCUAUCAAGAACCCUCCGAUGAAGAGUCUUUCGGCGAUGAUGAGGAUGGCGAAGAACCGGAGGUUUCCUCGCCACCCCCGAAGAAAAAGAAUGCCGUCGUCACGCUGAAGAUUAGGCCUGAGAUCCUCUCUCAGCCAGAACUGAUAACUCGUCGAACGACCCGGCGGACCCGAGGCGCCUCCGAGGACAUGUAUGCCUUGACAAAUUCGGGCCAUCAUAUGGAGACAGUGGAACGAGGUACUCAGAGCCCAGAGACAGCAGCGCAGCGCAGGCGAAACAGUCGUGGGUUUAAGCAACCUGUCAUCCAAGAAGAAAUCGUGGAGCAGUCCGAGAUCCCUGCUUCUUUAGAGAUACUCGAAAGUGACGUGCCUCAAGAGGCCACCGAGGGCGACACGGUCCUUGCAAACGAUGGAGACGACAUUGAAAUGACCAACGAAGGAGUCGUUCCCGAGUCUGAGGUCGGUGAUGCGAAGAAUGAGCAUACAAACGGCGUCGAGGACGAGGACGAGGACGAGGACGAAGACGAGGGUCCCAUCACUCGGAGGCGAACUCGGCCAACUCGAGCCUCCGCUCAACCUGAUAUUGCGGAGGCGGACGCUUCCGAGGGCGCUCAGCCUCGCCGCUCUAGUCGCAAGAAGCCUUCUUCGCAACGCAAGUCGCAGGAUGAGGAGAGUGAUUUUGAGCCCGAAGAGGAGGAGUCGAACGACGAUGCUUCUGAUUCCGCAGGUUCAAAUGGCUCUCCGCGCAAGGCGAGCCAAGCUCGAGAUGAUGAUGAAGAGGAAGAUAGUAGCGCGACCGGCCGCCGCCCGGGCCUGCGCAAACGCCCCACCCGCUCUCGCGGUCAUUCAGAGGUCGCCGAGGAGCUUGCAGAGGAGCUUCAGGAUCUGCGUGGUGGCCGUUCCAGACGACGUGCCAUGCAAGAAACCAUCUCCGAGAAGCCACGACGAAGCCGCAAAGAAGUCGAUUAUCGUUUGAUCCGGCCUGAACAGCUCUUGCCUAUCGAGGAUCUUGAAAAUGACUUUGUAACAGAGUCUCCUUCCCGUCGUGGCCGCGGCGGAGGUGGAGGUGGUGGCUGGCAGCGUACUUUGUUCCCGACCUACGGUCCAUUUGGUGGCGGUGGUCUCUCGGCCAUCCUCGCACCCCCCGGGGCACCCGCUGCUACUGGAGGCGUCGACAGUGACAGCAGUGACGACGAGGCCAUGCAGCAAUCCAAACCCAUGGGACUCGUGCCCAGUGGCGGGCUCGUCCCUCAGACUCACUCAGCCGACCCUGCUCAAAAUACAGCAGGAACGCCUGCUAACCUAGGCAAGAUCAAGGACAGACAGGCGCUGGCAGACGCAGACCCCUUGGGAGUCGAUGUGAAUGUCAACUUUGAUAGUGUCGGAGGAUUGCAAGGUCACAUUGACCAGCUGAAGGAGAUGGUCUCCCUUCCACUGCUCUACCCAGAAAUCUUCCAGCGAUUUCAUAUCGUCCCUCCUCGCGGGGUCUUGUUCCAUGGCCCUCCUGGUACAGGUAAGACGCUGUUGGCACGGGCGCUGGCAAACAGUGUAAGCGCCGAAGGCCGCAAAGUUACCUUCUACAUGCGAAAGGGUGCAGAUGCAUUGAGCAAGUGGGUGGGUGAAGCUGAGCGGCAAUUGCGACUGCUUUUUGAAGAGGCUCGCAAGACGCAGCCGAGUAUCAUCUUUUUUGAUGAAAUUGAUGGCCUUGCUCCCGUCAGAUCGAGUAAGCAAGAACAAAUCCAUGCCUCUAUCGUGUCCACUUUGCUGGCUUUGAUGGACGGCAUGGACGGUCGUGGUCAGGUCAUUGUCAUCGGCGCUACCAAUCGACCUGACUCCGUGGACCCUGCGCUUCGUCGCCCCGGUCGCUUUGACCGCGAGUUCUAUUUCCCUCUUCCCAACAAUGAGGGCCGACGGGCCAUCCUUGACAUUCACACCAAAGGAUGGAAUCCGCCCUUGCCGGACGAGAUUAAAGAUGAACUGUCAAAGAUUACAAAGGGCUACGGUGGUGCCGAUUUGCGUGCUCUUUGCACAGAAGCUGCUCUCAAUGCUGUCCAGCGAAGGUAUCCUCAGAUCUACAAGUCUAACAAGAAACUGGUCAUUGAUCCUAAAAACAUCGACGUGACACCCAAAGACUUCAUGCUGGCAAUCAAGAAGAUGGUUCCAUCAUCCGAGCGUUCCACAUCUUCGGGUGCGACGGCCUUACCCCAAAAUGUCGAGCCUCUCCUUCGUGACCAUUUGCAGCAGAUUGAGACCUCGCUUUCGGAAAUUCUCCCGCAACGCAAGCGACUCACGGCGCUGGAGGAAGCCCAGUUUGAAGAACCUAAUGAUGGAAACGGAUUCAAGCGAGAGCAGAUUAUGCAAGAUUUCGAUCGUUCGCGUGUCUUCCGUCCCCGUUUGCUUGUGCGCGGUGCCCCAGGCAUGGGUCAGCAGUACCUUGCGGCUGCUCUUCUUCACCAUUUCGAGGGCCUUCACGUGCAAGCAUUCGAUCUUCCAACGCUUCUCAGCGAUUCCACUCGCUCGCCCGAAGCCGCUGUCAUUCAACUCUUUGCAGAGGUCAAACGACACAAACCCAGUGUAAUCUAUAUCCCCAACAUUCAGUCAUGGCUUGAGACCGUUGGGCCCGCUGUCAUCUCUACGUUCAUGGGUCUGCUACGGUCGAUACCGCCCACAGACCCCGUCUUGUUGCUGGGAGUCCUCGAGUCCACAGGAGACGAGGUUGAUGUCAACCUGCUUCACAAGCUGUUUGGAUUCUCUCGGAAGAACCUUUUCGAUUUGCACGCACCUGGUGAGAAAGCUCGGUACGAGUUCUUCGGUAAACUCAUCGAGUACAUCAAGACAGCACCUUCCGAUUUCCCGGACCCUGAAAAUCGCAAGAAACGCCAACUUGAGGAGCUCGAGGUCGCACCCCCGCCGCCUCCUCAGGCUGAAAUCCCUGUCUCUAAGCAGGAGCGCAAAGCCCAGAAGAAGAAGGAUCAUCACACCCUCAACCUUUUGAAGAUUCGCAUUCAACCCAUCAUGGACCAGAUUAAGAAGUACAAGCGCUUCCGUCAGGGUAUUGUUGACGAGAGUCAUAUCAGAUACCUAUGGGAAGAGGAAGACCCCCACAUCGUUACCAGUGAUCUUCCUCCCGACCCAAUGACCAGCCAUCGGCCGUAUGAGAAGGCUUACGACAAGCAUGGCACACCGGGACUGCUGGAGACCGCUACUGGCAAGUUCUACUACAAUAUGGAAAUUGUGACCAUGGAGAAACGGCUGUCCAAUGGGUUCUACAAACGCCCAUCCGAUUUCUUGGCUGAUAUCAAGCGGAUCGCCAAGGACGCCCGGACGCUGGGUGAACAUGAGCGGCUUCUCAGGGCCAAUGAGCUCCUGUCCAAUGUGGAGGUCGAUAUUUCCACGAUUGAACAUGCGGAACCGGCCUUGGUCGCCGAGUGCGAGAAUGUUUACUUGCGGGAACUGGCGCGUGAAAAGGAGGCCCGGGAGCGUGCGCAGCGGGCUCAGGAGGAAGUCCGGGCGGCCGCCUCUCGACCAGUCACAGCAGACGAAGGCGACACUACGGUCGCCGAUCGUAGUGAAUUCUUCAAGACCGAUGCCGAUGAGCGACCUAUGACACCAAACCGGCAUGGCAACGUCAGUUUCGCCAAUGGUGUUCGCUACCAUGACGGUGGAGGCUCCGACUUGAAUGAGUCUGGGCAUCACGGCCACAGCAACGGCUCUCAUGGUGACGGUGACGGCGAUGUCUUCAUGACCAACUCUGAAGAUCACUCUGGUAGCAAGGAUACACAAGGGAGCUCCUUUGGACCGUCAGCACAGCCGAGACCCCCCCAUUCAUACACUGCACCAUCCCAACAGAUGCGCCGGGAAUCGGGCAUGUCGAGCUUUUCUCAGACCGGCGUAGUGACCCCCAUGGUCGCUGGCUCUCAACCUGCUGACUAUACCAACGAGGCCUCGACCACCCAGACCACCUCGGAUAAGAAGUCGUCCGGCCCCUCGGGGCAUUCCGGGCAUUCCACUAUUUCUGGACAUGCCACGCAUGAGCACACCCAGAGUAUCCAUGCAUCACGGGAUGAGUUCCCAGAUCUCAACCAGUAUCCCGAUCGCGAUCCCCAGCAGGAAGAACACUUGCCUGACACCCAGCAAGGCACGAGCAGUCAGCCUUCUCCUCGCGCUCGAGACCUGGUGUUUGCACAGCACGAGGAAUUUGGUCUUCUCCAUGGCAGUCAAUCUCACCACAAACCUCAGCCGCCACUCUUUGACGCACACACGUCCAAACCUCCCCCGGAGCUGAUCAUCGACGAGGAAACCAUUGACGAUCUUCACAAGCAGUUGUCUUUGAAGACCAGUGGAUGCUCCGUCGAGCAGCUGGAGCAGGUGAAUACCUGUCUCAUGGACUUUGUCUGGCGCAAGCGUGGCGAGUGGGAUCGGACCGCGGUCGCUGUGGGUAUCACUGAUGUCUUCAAUGCAGUCCUGGAGGACAUGCAGUCUCUUCAGGAGAUUGGAGCCAUCAGCCAAAACACCAAGGAGCAGCUGGGCAACGUUAGUUUCUCUUCGCGAUAG